GAUGAGGGCGAGCACGCGGGCGCUGGGCAGCCGCCGGCCACGCCGCUGCCAUAAACACUCAUUUAGGACUCGUUCGCUGCGCUGAGCCCGCCGGCCGGCCGCCUUCCCCCCACCCCAGAUCCCCGGCGCCCCCGCCAUGGAGGCCCCGCUCGAGCCCGGGCCCCACGCUGACGCCUCCGCCGCGGCCUCGGCUUCGGCGCUGCUGCGUGGCCCGGAGGUGGCGCGGCUCCGCGAGGAGCAGGAAAAGGUGGUCAGUAACUGCCGAGAGAAAAUCCAGCACUGGAAGAAGGUAGAUAAUGACUAUAAUGCCCUUCAAGAAAGACUCAGUACAUUGCCUGAUAAGUUGUCUUAUAAUAUCAUGGUACCAUUUGGCCCCUUUGCCUUCAUGCCAGGAAAACUUGUCCAUACUAAUGAAGUCACUGUUUUACUUGGGGACAACUGGUUUGCAAAGUGCUCAGCAAAGCAGGCUGUAGGCUUAGUUGAGCACAGGAAAGAACAUGUAAGAAAAACAAUAGAUGAUUUUAAAAAAGUGAUGAAAAAUUUUGAAUCCAGAGUUGAAUUCACAGAAGAUUUGCAGAAAAUGAGUGAUGCUGCAGGUGAUAUUGUUGACAUAAGAGAAGAAAUUAAAAGUGACUUUGAAUUUAAAGUAAAACACAGAAUUGCCCAUAAACCUCACUCCAAACCCAAAACUUCAGAUAUUUUUGAAGCAGAUUUUUCUUCAAAUGAUGUAAAAUCCAAAGAUUUGCUUGCUGAUGAGGAACUGUGGGCUCGACUUGAAGAACUAGAGCGACAAGAAAGUUUGCUGGGAGAACUUGAUAGUCAUCCUGAUUCUGGAAUUGCAAAUGGAGAAGAUACAACUUCUUCUGAGGAUGAAAAAGAAGAUCAAAACCCAAACGGGAAUGGGGCUGAUCAAGUAACAGAUGCUCUUACUCCCAGCAGUUGUCAUGAGGAUUUUACAAAUUCAGAACUGUUCAGUGGUCAAGUGAAUACUCAGUUGAAUUGUUCAGUGAAUGGUUCAAAUUCCUAUCCUAGUAAUGAAGAUGAUGAAGAUGAUGAGGAUGAGGAUGAUGAGGAUGGUGAUAAUGAAAAUGACCAUGAUGCUUUAGGGACUGGAGAUAAAUCUGUACCAACAAUAUAUUUUUCUCAUACUGUUGAACCUAAGAGGGUCCGAAUAAAUACUGGAAAAAAUACCACUUUAAAAUUUAGUGAAAAGAGAGAAGAAGCCAAACGUAAGCGAAAGAACAGCUCUGGCAGUGGCCAUUCUGCCCAGGAGCUGCCUACCAUUAGGACUCCUGCUGACAUUUACAGAGUCUUUGUUGAUGUUGUGAAUGGAGAAUAUGUCCCUCGUAAAUCAAUCCUGAAGUCUAGAAGCAGAGAGAACAGUGUUUGUAGUGAUACCAGUGAAAGCAGUGCCGCUGAAUUUGAUGAUCGACGUGGAGUUCUGAGGAGUGUUAGCUGUGAAGAAGCCACUUGCAGCGAUACCAGUGAGAGCAUUUUGGAAGAACAACAAGAAAGUCAUCAAAAGAAACUUUCGCCUUUAUCAGGAACACCUGAGGCUUUUUCUGGAACUGUAAUAGAAAAAGAAUUUAUAUUACCAUCCUUAACACCUCAUCCAGCCAUUGCUCAUCCUGUACUACCCACUAUUCCAGAACGAAAAGAAUUUUUGUCAAAUGUGUCAGAAGAAACUACCAAGAGGGUUUCAAAGUUCAGAGCUGCCAGAUUGCAACAGAAAAACUAGGCUCUUCUUUGGAAAUGGGAGUUAACAUCCUGAAACCUAGUUUUGCAUUUGUUUAGAGUAUAUAUAGCAAAAUAUGUUACAUGUAGUUUGAAAUAAGGGUUCCUGAGUUAAGUUAUAGCAAGUUCUCUUACCCUCAGAGUGAUAUUAAAAUUAAAUGUUUGAAUACUUUAAUAUUCAGCUUAUUUUGUUAAUUCCCUGAAUACUGUCAACACCCUUGUCUAAGUUUGUCUUAUGAUGCAGUGUCAGCAUUUCAAAUUAUUUUUAAGAGAAUAUUGUUCUUAUGCAUUGUUUUUGUGUUUCAAUACAGGCAGUUUUGUACCAGCUGUGAUGUUGUGCAUACCAUAUGGAUCAUUUUAAAGAAAGUUUUAAAAUUUCAAAUAGAUUCAACAAUUAUAUUUCAUUACUUGCUUUAGCAUUUUAAAGGCACUUUAACAACAACAAAAACCCACCUACUUAUCUUGUAGGUUUUGCAGUUAUGUGGCUAUUUAAAAACCUCUCCCCUUUGAAUGUCAUGCUGUAUCUCUAAGGCAGAAAGCUUACAUGUACCCUGUGGGAAAGUUUCUUUGUGGAAGAAUGGUAUUUUGUAAAACUUUUUUUUCAAGUAAAAAUUUUAUGGAA